CUAUUGUGUACUUCAAUACGGGAGCUAAACGGUUGAAAUGUGAUCGAAAGCCGGAGCUGGAGUAGUGUGGCUAGCUGAGGGCUGCCCAUGCACGUUGCGGGCCUACCCGAGAUAGCGAAUUAGUUAUUGGUGUUGGGAGAGGAUCAGGAGCUCAAAAACCAUCGCUUAAAAGGCCGCCCAUUUUCUCCCGUAUAGUCUGGAUGGGCGUCUCCUUCAUAUCACCACGACUCUCUUGUACCUACCUGCUGCACUGUCAUCAUUUUACACCUCAGAAUCACACCUACAUCGAUCGACAUGUCUUCCGACGGAACCCAAGGCCCUGUCCUCAUCGAAGGCAUCACAACCGCUUACCAAGGCAAUGAACCACCCAUGCGAUUGGAGCUGCGUGACAUGUUCAAAGUCCACCCGGAUCAAUGGCAUCUGUACCUUCUAGGACUGGAGCGAUUCCAAGGCGUCUCAGAGGAACAUCCGCUUUCUUAUUUCCAGAUUGCUGGCAUUCACGGAAAACCGGCCCAGAAGUGGCCAAAUGAGAUGUGGAAUUCCGCCGCCGACAAAGACCUUAAACCGAAUCAGGGGUACGGCGGUUACUGCACGCACAGCUCGAUCUUGUUUCUCACCUGGCAUCGCGUCUACCUAGCUCUUUUUGAGAAAGAGCUCUACAAGCACGUCAACGACAUCGCCAAAGAGUUUGAAGAGAAUGGAGAGAUGAGGUACAUUGAGGCUGCCAAAACCUUCCGAAUCCCAUACUGGGAUUGGGCGCGGCCUGACCUGCCAUUGUUCCCAGCUGAAGCUGUUUCAACAGCGGAGCACUCUGUAGAGAGGCCCAACGGUAAACUUGUGAAGAUCAACCCGCUGGCAUCAUAUGUCUUCCAGGACUACUCCAAGGGCCGAAGGGAUCGGCAAGAGGCCGACUUCCCGCAAAUCCUCCAGAAUAGAGAUAAGACAUCGAGGACCAUCGGAAACAUCGACAACAAGGAAGUUAGGGCAGAAAUGCGCAAGUUCUUUACCGAACCAGAAAGAGGCAUCAAGGGAUUGAAUCUGGCCGAGCGGCUUCUAUUCCUUCUUCAGUCCUACACAGACUUUGCAGCCGUGUCAAACAACAGCGAGCUUGGCUCCAAGAAGGACGAAUUCUUCCACUGGGGCAGCAUCGAGGAUGUACACAAUGCUGUUCACGAUUACAUUGGAGGAAACAUGGGAUUUCCAGCGAUCUCAGCCUUUGACCCUAUCUUUUGGCUCCACCACACCAAUAUUGAUCGCAUCUUCGCCAUCUGGCAAGUGUGCAAUCCUGGAAAAUAUGUGACGCCUCAGAAGUCGAAGAGAAACAACAUAGUCCGGGCGACCAACAUGGACGAAGAUGUGAACUCUUCUUUACCUCCAUUCGCACGUUCAGUAACCGCAGAUGGUCAGCAAACGUUUUGGACAUCGGUUGGAGUAGAAGACACCAAGACAUUUGGCUAUCUCUACCCAGAAACUCGACCGACUUUCAAUUCCAGGAAGGCUAUUAUCAACGAGUUGGAUCGUGUCUACUGGAAGCGGGCGUCGUUUGGCAACAUUCUGCGAAGCCAGCCAAAAGAUAUUGCCACUCUUGAGCAACUUCAGGAACGCGCAAGGGUCCAUUUGAAGAAGUCUCCUGACACCGGCGUCAUUGAGCUCCCGCAAGGUCGUGACGUCAGCAGUUUGAUGGUCAAAGGCCGAUACCUCGAAUGGCUCGUCAACAUCAGGGCUGACAAGACCGAGUUGAGCGGCAACUACAUUGUUAAUGUUUUCCUGGGUGAUCCCUCGAGCAAGACGCCCCCUCUCCUGUACAUGAGAGGCCACGCUCACGUCGGAUCGUUCGCCACAUUCGGCCAGGAUGAACAUAGCCCAUGUGAAAAUUGCAAGAAAGGUCGCUCGGAGAAGCAGAGAAUUACCGGUCAAAUUCCUCUGACUAUCGCCUUGGUGGAGCGGUAUCUGGCUGGGCAGGUCGACAGCCUCAAGCCUCAGCACGUUGUUCAGUAUCUCAAGGACAAUCUUCGGUGGAAGAUUACGCUUCCCACUGGAGAGUUGAAGUCGACUGAAGAGAUGAAAAACCUCCUCAUCUGCGUUGUUUCAAACGAGGUUACUAUUGAUGAGAAAGAUCCGGAAGCAAUUCCAGAGUACGCCAAUGAAGUCACCCCUUACCCAGAGAUCACCCACCACAUUCCCGGAUCCUUCGGCACUGGAUAUGAUGGCAAUAAUUACUAGGUAUUUUGGGAGUCAACUUUGUUGGUGAGGGCUUGUUGGGCAUAUCAUAAGAUGAUUUUUGGUGUGAAGGAAUUUCUUAUAAGUACACGAAUAUUCUGGGUAGUUUGAGUGUGAGUUGUCAGGUCUGUCGUGGAAGUCGGCUGGCAUCUCCGUAUGUACUUUUUGAUUACCUUAGUUGAACAUGCGAUGGCGGAUUGUCAAACCAUUCCAGCCGAUGUUCGUCUUCGUCUAUUUAUAGCUAUUUGUAGGGC